AUGACAAAGUCCCAAUACAAAGGAAAUUGUUAUGAGUUGGGACAACCGUUUGGACCUUGUGCACAAACUGAUAUGGAUCCACACAUUUUUGAUGUUAAUGCAACGACAUUAAACGUAGAAUGUUUGUCUGGAGCGGAUACAUUGUAUUUAUUUGAUGUUGAAAAAGUAUGUAGGCCAGGAAGUAAAAAAGACGCAGAUGGAAAAUUGAAACAGUACAAAAACAGAAAAAGAGAGGUUAGUCGCGUGGAAAAAGUGAGGUUAAAAAGAAAUAGAAAACAAACAAGUGAAGAUGGAAUUCUUAAAACAGCCCAAAAGCAUGCUGUACCAAAGGCAAAAACCAGUCUGGCGAGACAGAAAUUUAACAGCAGAAUACAAGGGGUGGAUGAAGAUUUUGACUCGUAUUUGAAAGAACUGAGACAAUUAGCUCAACCUUGUGAAUAUGGUGAGCUUAAAGAAAGUAUUAUUGAAGAUGUUAUUAUUAGUGGUAUUAGAGAAGAAAAAGUGAAAAACAAAUUACUAACCUAUGACAGAAACCUUACGUUGGACAUGGAAAUAAAGAUAUGUAAAGCUUCCGAAGCAGCAAACAAAAACAUUAUGCCCUUGCAGCAGGAAAGAAGACAAAAAAAUAUGGUAAUGGAAAUCAACAACGAGGCAGUUUUGAACACAGAAAUCAACGAGGCAGUUUUAAGCACAGAAAUCAACAUAGCAAUUAUGGUAAUGAAAAUCAACAACGAGGCAGAUACAAUCACAGAAAUCAGCAGGGAGGCAGUAACUUUUACCAAGGCACAAAUAAGAUAA